CGAUUCAUCUAAACCCAGCUUGUAUUUGUUUACCAAAUUUAUUCUGUUUCACUUGUGUAGUACAUUUGAAGGUUGUUUAGAAAUGAGCGUAGUGAUAAACUGCGCUUUGAGUGUGUGAAUGUCAUAACUUAUGCUUUGUUUUCAUAAUUCAAAAUUAUUUCACAUUAAGCUAGCGCUAACACAACGUCGUAGCUUGACCAGGCCUGACGUAGGGAACACAACUGAGCUUAAUUAUUCUGCCUACUAUGUACUUUCAUAUAAUUUGUGAUUUUAAACUCGUCCUUGUAAAAAGAGCCAAAUGGAUAGAAAGAGUUCUUGCAGCAACAGCCGUAACACAACAAAGACAGAUCUCAGUUUGCUUCUGGAGUGUCUGAAGUUUCAGAUGAAAUGUCCAGAUCUUCAAAAACAAGCGCUGAUCGCCAUACAUUCAAUCUGUGAACAGAGAGAGGAUAACGUGGACCUGCUGAGAGAACUUGGCGGUGUGACAUUUCUGUAUAACCUUUCCAAAUCCAGCGUUGUUCAUCCUGAUGUGAAGGAGACUGCUCUCUUUACACUUGGCACAUUGUCUGAGGCUAAUGUGUACUGCAAGAAUUCGUUGUGCAGAAAAGAGAUCUUUACAGACAUCGCUGCCAUGCUGGUGAAAGAAGACACCUCGCUGACGCAUAAGAGGGUGUCUGUCUAUUUGCUGUUUGCACUGGUUGUCAACAACAAAUCGGGACAAACUUUAGCUAAAUCCACUGGCUGCCUGGAAAUUCUGCUGGAUCUUUUCAGGCUCACUUUCCCACUGUCCAAAACAGACAAUUUCAGAACUGUUAGUCAAAGCUACCAACUUUGGUCAUCUGUAUCCAGUGCUUUGUGUGGAUGUAUCAACAAUCCACAGAAUGAAGAGGGUCAGCAUAUUUGUGUGGCAGCUUUUCCCAUUGUGAAAGUCUGGCUCCAGCAGACUUCUCUGCACUGCACUGAAGUAUUUCAACCUAUAUGUUCAUUUAUUGCCAUGGCAGUUGCCAACAACUCCAGCGUUCAGGAGAGUUUUUUUGCCUGCAGAGGUUUGGAAACUCUUACACUCGUGCUGGUUCAUGCUGCCUCUGUUGCUGACACGAGCUUACUGUCCUGCAAGUUGGCGAUUUUUUUAGCCAAAACCUUGUCAGCUUGCAUCACUGAUAACUUGGUUCUUGCCGCAGCUUUGGUUCAGUAUAGCAUAGUGUCCUCACUUUUCUCUCUGCUGAUGAGCUCCCACUUGGAACCCGAUGACAGACUGCCUGUUUUACUUUGCAUCGGGCAGUGCACUUUGGCCUCAGAAGAGCACCAGACCCAGCUGGUGCAAUGCGGAGGCCUGCCAGCAGUAAUAACUUUUCUCACAGAGGACACAAGUGAGGAAGUUAGGAAGGCUGCUACUUUUAUCUUGCAAACUUGCAAAAAGGCCACCAUAUGCAUUGGAAUGCAUGGUUUGAUAGGAAACCAGGCUGAAAACGAGGAAGCCCUUGCCAACAUUGAAAGAGUUAGAGCUGGAGCCAAAGAAAUGCUGCAAAGGAUUGAAGUGCUAGAGAAAAAUCAGCUGAAGGUUGAAGCAGAAGAUGAGCAGGAAGACAUAAAUGCUUCGGAUUUACCUGCAGGUCAGAGUCCAUCAUCUGAGUUCUCAGUUUUACCUCUACCACCACUGAGAAGGGAGGGCAUCAAAGCCAAGCUAUUACAGAAGCCUGUGCAAAAAGGCAGUAUUAACCAUCCCAUCAAUCUGAGCGUGACUGAGAAAACCAAUAAUAGCGAAAUGAAAGAAAUCCCUUCUAGUUUGAAUCUUCUGGCAGAGAAAGCUAAAACCAGUAGAGGUGAGGUGAUGUUUCCAGUGAACAGGAGAGAAGGAGCCCUCGUGUCUUCUCGGGUUUGGCCCUUAGAGAGCAGCAGUGAGUCACAUACGGCAAACAAUCAGCUGUUUAGAAAAGCAUUACCAUCGUGGCAAACAAUCAUCCAUGUGGAUGACUUCCAGGACAGUGAGUUAAGUCAGGUGGAGAAGAUACCAGAGGAAGAACAUUCUGUGUCUCACAUCCGGUGCGCAGGUUGUGUGUUAUCUUUCGAAGAAGUGACCAGUCGCACUUUUGCGUCUCUCCAAAGCUCCUGCUCCAACAGCUGCGAUACGCACAGAGUCCUCCAACGGGCCAACGAGAGAUUCAGGAAGCAUCGUCUUAACUUUGCACUGACGAAAGGUCAUCAGAAUGUCGUCGUGGAGAACAGACACACAAACUCACUAAGAGUGUCACCAGUAAAGUCACAGAAAAGCUGUAAAAGCUGGAGUGCAGGAAAUGACAAGAGCCUUCUGCCACAAUCCUCCUUGUGGAAGCACAAAUGCAUCAAUCUGACCCCGCUGUGUAGGAGAACUGAAAAGGAGAUGUUUACCUCUCACACAAGAAUUGGGCCUUCCUUGACGCCCUUAAAAAGAAACCACCGGCACGAAGACGGGCCUGAAUUGGAGAGAAGAGGAAGGAGCCCCAUUAAUGAUCAGUCAAAGAUGAGCACAGACUCCUGUUCCUCUAGAAGGAAGAGACAGAACUUCAGCCGUGAGGAGAUCCAUUACCUUCUGUCUGGAGUGAAGAAAUACGGGUCCUCCUGGAACUCUAUCUUGUGGUCCUAUCCCUUCCAAGCUGGACGCACCAAUGUUGAUCUGGCCAUGAAAUACAGGAGGUUGAUGGCAAAGCAGAAGUGUUAAAAUGUGUCUGAUUACAAAGAGACAUUCUUUAUUGUUCAGCUUUUCCCUCAGAAAUGAAAACUCAAAGAUGGUUCUGUGUAAUCCUAGCCCUGAAAUCUUGGGCCAGCCUAAUGACACGGACCCUUUAAAACUCAGUUGAUUGACAAGACUGUUCUGCCCAUUUAAAUAUUGACUAAUUAGAAUGAGUUAAAACACUACAUUCUUCACAAAACAAUAUUUCAAUUAACUGUUAGUGUUUAGUUGGUUUUAAAUAAAUCGCUAUGGUUUUAAGGUUUGAAAAUAUUUUCUUUAACAAAUUUGUGUUUUUAAGAGAAUGUCAGAAAAUCUGUUUGCUGUUAAGUAUUUAUUAAUAUUUAAUCUAAAUUAAUAUAUAUAUAUAAUUUUAUUUCAGAAUAAAAAAAACUGUUAGGUUUGUAUUUAUUUAUAGAUGUGUUCUGUUGCAUAAAAGUUCAAUGGAAUAAACUUGAAAGUGUUUGCA